UAAAUAAUCUACGGCAAUUAGUCUUGGCGCGGACUUCUAUGUUGUCUUGUCAAAAUUAAAUAAAUAAGACAGAAAAUUCUGUGGUAGCGGACCGAGAAUACCACGGUUGGCCAGGCAUUAAACCUGCCAACUCGACUUGCCGGAGUGUGCGGGUUCAAUUCCCUUGGGUGUUGUGUGUGUGUACAAAAUUGUUAUCCGUCAAAAUUUUCCUCGGUGGAUGCCGGAAUUAGCCCAUUUAACCGUAACAAAAAAUUUUGUGGUGAGCGGAUUAACCUCUCUUUGCUGAACCUCACUGCCGAACCAUGGCACAUGGUGGACAUUUGUUCCAGCCCGGCUCCAAAAGUUAGAUAUCGGUUGAAAAAUUGUGUCGUUUGAAAAAAAAAUGUUUAGUACAUUUUCUAAUUGAACUGCUACACGCGUAGUACCUAUAGUUUUGUGAAUUACUGCUUGUUUUGUGUGGAUGAUUAUGGAUUUGUACAGUGUAAUGCUCGGUUUCCGGAUGUCUUAUAUUCAUGCUUGUAUCCAGACCAAAUUACUCUAGUUGCAGGGCCAAAUAAACUAGAGUUGUGUCAAUCACGAUUGAUUCGGUCACUUUGAUUCAAUCACUUCAUAGGAUCGAACGACCGAAUCCCGCUUGUUCGUAACGAUUCGAUCACCUUGUUUGCUGUCGCUGCUGCCCUGACCGAUCUGAAGUGACCGAAUACAGGACGAUCGAUCGACCGACCGAAUUCGCCGGAAUCAUUUGAAUGGUAUAAGAUUUAAAUGCAUGACUAAGACAGGUCACGAAAAAGGAAUGGGAGUAUUGUUAUAAUUAUUCUAUAGUAUUGAGUUGCGACAUCGAUCUAUAGAUUUGCUGAUGUGUUGAAAUGAAUAUUGAAUGAAAUAUCUAUUUCCACACAGGUAUUUAAUUUAAGCAAAUUGAUGUAUUACUGGUACAACCCAAUACGUAGCACCUAUUUUGAUAGAAUCGUGAUUCAAUAAAAAGCAGAACCCAGCUAAAUAUUAUACUAACUACGAGCAGAAUAGAAAACAAACCCAACAAUCAUUCAAAGUCAAAUGAAUCUGAAUCGGUCGUUCGGACUGUUCGGAUUCAGUGACUAUUGCCGCUUAUGUUGGCAUCAAAAAGUAUUGAAAUGAUUCGGUCCUUUUCGAAAUCGGUCACUGAUUGAUUCGGUUCUCGUAAAAUGAACGAUUGACGCAACACUAAAAUAAACCAAUAAAUAAAAAAAACUUUCUCCCUACAGAAUCCUUUGUAUUCCGUAAAUAAGUUUUGGUUUCGGUUUGAAUUAUGUGGCAUCAGCCAUUCGGAAUUCGGAAAUUUCGCCGGUACGGAGGCUGGAUGGACCUAAAUUCGGUGGAAGCCGUUUUUAUUUUUUGUAAUUGGAGCAAACAUUAAAAAUAAAUUGAAUAUGUUAAAGUUUGAUGUUGGUCAGUUACGAAAGAAAGUGUAAUCGUCACCGGAUGUCGGCAAUGGACGAGUGUCCCUUUGCAAGCGGCACGGAAAUUUUAAAUAAAGGAGAAGAUAAUAUGACAAUUGGCAAUUAAUAUGCGGCAUAGAUAUAAGGUGUUGAGUAAAGAUACAACUUCAGUUUUCAGCAUUUGAAAAUGGAAAAUAUUAAAGCAAAAGACAUGAAAUUCAAGCUCCAUUCAGGCGAUCUGAUACCCUUUAUAGGGUGUAGGUUAAAAAAUGUGUUAUGGUACUGUCGCAGACGUGUAGCUAUUUUUGUUUAGUAGGAACUUAUCUUAUUGAAGGGCGAUCCACACUUGAGAUUCUAGACAAUGCACUUGCGGCUGGAUACAGACUUUUUGAUACUGCAAAAAUGUAUGGCAAUGAAGAUGACAUUGGUAAAGCAUUCAAAAACCUCUUGCCUAAACAUAAAUUGAAAAGACAGGAUAUCUUUAUUACAACAAAACUCCUACCUAGUGAUCAGGGGGCAAAAGCAUAUAACGCCUUAAGGGAAUCUUUAACAAAACUGGAUUGUGGUUAUAUUGAUUUAUAUCUAAUUCACUGGCCUGGCACUUAUGGUGGAGGUAAUGCUUCUAAACUGAGAGCAGAAAGCUGGAAGCAGAUGGUAAGAGCUGUUAAUGAAGGUCUUGUGAGAAAUAUUGGGGUUUCAAAUUAUCUAGUCCGACACUUACAAGAACUUCUAGCUAAUCAUCAUGGUGUAAAACCAGCCCUGAAUCAGGUUAAUUUUAAAAUGUUUGGUCUGUUUCAUAUUGAUAUUAUAGGUUUAAAGGUUGAGUGGCAUCCACACUAUCAUCCAUCAGAUUUGUUGGAAUUUUGCAAGAAAGAAAAUAUUUUAUUGCAAGCUUAUAUGCCUUUAGGGGGUUCUGGUAAUUCCAACCUGCUUAAAAAUAAACAGGUGCAGCACAUUGCCACUAAACUAAAGAAGAGUCCUGCACAGGUGCUUUUGAAAUGGUCUUUGCAACAAUAUGUUGCAAUUAUUCCUAAAGCAAGUUCUAGAGAUCACAUGGCAGAAAAUAUUGAUCUAGAUUUUAUCAUUCCCAAUGAUGACAUGGAUGUAUUAAAUAGUUUUAAAACUGUUAAGUAUGAUUGGGAUCCUGAAAGCAUUCGCUAAUUUUUAAUGUUUGAUUCAUUGUAACAUAUUUUAUAGCAUUGUAAUACAGUUUUUUCCAUUAAAUUUGUUGUAACUUGUACCAUCCUCUACACCACAAAAAUAGAUUUAUGGUUUCAUAUACCUAAUUUUCAGUCGCAUUGUGUUAGACCUUGGGCUCCUCUUCCAACCUUAUGAAUAAAUCCUUUAUUUGCCAACAAAAGAGAAGUUAUUGGGCUCCACUUGCAAAGUUAAGUAAAAAUAGAGAUAUUGCUAAACUAGUUUAUAAAUUAGCUGAUAGACAAUUGUAAAAUUGAGUUUCCACUUGUUUGUGAUUCUGAUGCGACAAGGGUCAAGUUUAUGAAAUUAAUAUGAAAUUUCAGAUUCUAGACGGAUAUAAACAAUUUAUAACUUGUUCUUGUAAAAUUGCAUCAGGUAUUAAGAUUGCAGUUGUCAGUAAUUUAUUUGUUAAUUGAUAAAAUGAAAUUAAAAUGUGUAAUUUUUAUCAUGGAACGGCCCUUUAUAUUUCCUCCUAUUGGACCAUAAAUAAAAAUCGCUUUUAUCAAUCUUGGGGUUGAUUGAAUUCGACCGUCGGCAGUUUGACUUGCCAUUUUCUGUGGCGUUUUUAAGGCAGUAUUUUUUUAAAAUAUGACCAAAUACCGUUCAAGGAACAGCCAGUUUAGUGUGUUUCGAAAUAAAAUGCCGCGAACUGCAGGCGUGUAAAAUGUAGGGGCAUGCGCAGAACAUUCCCACGAAAAUAUAGUUGCCUGAGGCAAAGUAAUUUUUAACUUUAUAAGCUAUCUUAUCUAAUAGGUAAUGUCCAGCAAUAUAGUGACCAAGAAUAUGUUGGUUAGAACCACUUUAAUCACCAAAAGAGUGGAAAGCCAAUCCAUUUCCCAUUCAACAUUUUUGUUUGCUAGUUGUACAGACAUAAUACGUACUAAAUUUUAGUAUAUAACCGUCUAAAGAAGCAACUUAUUGUGAUCGGGAAAAAAUCGCGUUUAUGCCAUUUUUUAGAGGUUUGCGAUUGAUUCAAGAGUCGUAGGUAAUUAGGUAUUGCUUUUUUGAUUUUAAGAUUAUAUUGCUACUACGGCAGAACAGUGACGUAAGUGCAAAAUUUAAUCAUUAAUCUUUAAAUAUAAAUAUUUUUGUUGAAUGUCAUUUAAAGGGAAAAUUUCAUUUUCGUUUUUUGCUUCUCCUGAAGAAUUAUGCUUUUUGCAGUUCGGUCACUGUUCUGCCGAACAGCGAUAUGAGGUUCACACCGUUCAAUCAGUUAUGGAAACAAUUACGCCAUAAUUCUAGAUUGUACUGUAACACAAUUAAAACAAUAAAAUGUUAUAUAAAAUAUAACUGCACGCCACUGUUUUGUUGUUGUCGCGUUGCCACCACUAAUUUGAAAACGUCACAUCUGCCGAUAACAAGACAACGUUGUCAGAUCUUCAGGAAGGUUUUAAUGCGCCAAUGUUCUAUUCACCUUUCAAAAAGGCUUUCAAGUUUUUUAUAUUAUCAAACAGUUACAGGCAAAAUCUUAGCGCCUACUUACAAAUAUUAAACGAUAUAAAUUAUCUCAAAAUUUUACAUCCAGUGUAGAAACCCAACAUUCUGCAAGCGUUCUGAAAAUUUAGCAACAUCGCACAGCUUUUCGAAAACGCGAAACCUUAAGCACAUAAGUUCAAGUUCAUGGAGUAUAUAUAUAUAUAUAAAGCUGGUGCAGCGAACUAUCAGCUGUUUGUUUUUGUCAUUUGGUUAUAACAAUUUAGAUAAAAUAUCGGGAUGACUUCGAGAGAUAAGGCUUCGAAUCAAUUGUUGGACUAUAAGAUUCAAAAUACUGGG